CGCGUAACGUGAGUCACAGUGCUGCACGAGAUUCUGUACCGUGCUGUUUUUCGUUAAUAAUUUAUCGUUAAGAAGCUUGUGUUAAUCAGGGAUACCAACAUGUCGUCUCGCAAAACAGCCGGACGUCGCGCGACAACAAAGAAACGCGCGCAGCGUGCAACAUCGAACGUUUUUGCAAUGUUCGAUCAAGCACAAAUUGCUGAAUUCAAAGAAGCUUUUAACAUGAUCGAUCAGAAUCACGAUGGUUUCAUCGAUAAGGAAGAUCUUCACGAUAUGCUUGCUUCUUUAGGCAAAAACCCUACCGACGAUUAUCUAGAAGGCAUGAUGAACGAGGCUCCAGGACCAAUUAAUUUUACAAUGUUCUUAACUCUAUUCGGUGAAAGACUUCAAGGGACAGAUCCGGAAGACGUAAUUAAAAACGCUUUCGGUUGUUUCGACGAAGAAAAUAGCGGCCAUAUAAACGAAGAACGUCUUCGUGAGUUGCUCACGACAAUGGGAGACAGAUUCACGGAUGACGACGUGGAUGAAAUGUAUCGCGAAGCGCCUAUCAAAGGAUCUAUGUUCGAUUAUAUUGAAUUCACGCGAAUUCUAAAACACGGAGCUAAGGACAAGGACGAGCAGUGAGCAAACGUGGCAUUAUCUGUAUUUCUUAUUUGUGUGAUUGAGCACAUAACGUGCUUUUUAUAUGGUUGCAAUUGUAAAGUUUGAUAUAUUAAUUGUAUUUUAUACAUGCUCUAUUAAUGAGAAUAGCUGAAAACCUAGGGUUUAUAUUAUUCUUCGAAAAACUGCCUUAUCUCUAGGUCCUAAAGUAUGUAGAUCUCAAAUCGCACAAUCCUCUAUCUUUAUGUUAUUUAUUUGAUCAUGUAAUGAGUCUAUUAUAAGAUUUGCGAAAGAAAAUAGUAAUGAAAAUUUGAUCUAUGUCUGACCACGAGUUAUAAUCAUUGUGAACUCGAUAAAAUUGGUAAAAAUAUGUAUUGUACAUUAUAUGCUACAUUGAUGUGUAGUUGUUAACAAAAAUUUGCAUUUAUAUUUUAAUAUAAUAAUGGAUUGUAUAUCGAAAACGUGGCGUUUAUCUUUUCAUCCACUCUAUUCGAUAUUUAUAGAAUUUGACGAAAAUAAAAGUUAAUUUUUCAAUUAAAA